AUGAACAUUAUUGACGGUAACCAUCGAUAUGAGGAAAAAAACAAAGUAGGACAUUACGUAUACCCCAGCAAUUCAAUGGACCUUUACGCUAACGUAUGUCGACGAUUUUAAAAUUUUUGUUACCUAAAAUUUAAAAAAUUGCUCUUUUCUUUUUUGAAAUUUUAAAUUUUAUGUCUAAUGAGGGCACUAUAUCUAGUUUUUGGGGUGGGUUAUUCAAAAAAUUUUAUUUUGUUACCUAAAAUUCAAGAUUUGGCUUUUUAAUCUUAAAUUUUAAAAAUUGGUUUUUAGAUGCCAUUUUAUAUUUUAUGUGGGCAGGAUUUUGAGUUUUGAUACUUAAAAAGUUAUAUUUUUAAUUUUUGUUAGUUAAAAGCAUAUUUUUGUUACCUAAACCUUACUUUAUAGACCGUUCCGUCGUUGGAAACGGAGAUUUACGUCUUCACGGAAGAGAUGAAGUUCGUCAACGCCGCCACAAUGAAACGCCUACCCUACGUUACAGUACAUGCGGCCGUGGACGACGUCCUCAACACUCUUGGCUUUAAACAGACCAAGAUUCUGCAACGAUCGACGUGGAAAAUCGGCGAAUGGAACGAGUUUUUCGCCGGCGAAGAGAUCGACAAUCGCACGGUGGUGAUCAUCAUCGACACGCGAGGUGACCACAUGGAAACCGCGACCAGUCGAAGCUUGCCAAUACCUCUCCAAAACGUCACACUUCACGGGUUAUUGACGACGCACAUGGUGCCGAGCGAUGUGGUGGUACAGUUGUCCAUCUGCAAUUUCGCCGAGGUUUCGCAGGAGGACUGGGCCCGCUGCCGCAAAAUCAUCGCUAGCGUUUUACAAAACGAGUUUAUUGGGUAAGUUUGGGUAUGGAAAUGUUGGGAAUAGGCUGGGGGAGGGGGGAUGUCAGGAAGGUUAUUUUUUGUGGUAUAAUGAGUACAAAAUUUGAUAAAAAUUGAAAUUCGACCGAAAUAUGGCGAUACAUUUUGUUACCUAAAAUUUAAAGCUCUAUAUCUUAAUGAGUAGAGCUUGGAAUGAAAUAAAAUUUGGCAUGAAGUAAGACAGUACCAUAGGCUAGAAGUAUGCAAAAUUUCAGAUAUUUAUAUGCACUUUUAAAAGUUGAAUUUUGUUUUCCCCGCCAAAUUUUAAAAAUCACUAUAACUUGGCUCUUAAUGAUGUUUUUUCUGUAAAAUAUUGUUAGGUUUAAAAAUUUUAAUUGAUAAAUCGUUUCAGAAGACCGGUAUACGCUGAAGAAGCGUCCAUCUUUUUAAAUCAUUUAUUCAAACCAUGUACAAAACUAGAAGACAACAUAAUCGCCGAUGUUGUGCACGACGCGGAAAUGGCGCACGAAGAGCAAAAACGUCAACGAUGGCACGUUCUGGACGAGUUCAUUCAGCAAAACAAACGAGACCAGCAACAAAUGCGCCACAACAUGAAAGCCCAUCAAGAAUAUGUAAGAUAUAAGGUAUUUUCGAAAAAAUUUUGCGGAAAGUAUAGGACUGUAAGUUGCUUCUUCUUUUCUUCAUAACUUUUUUUAAACUAAGGUUAGAGGGUUGAAAUUUAGCUAUAUGGUAGACUAUUUAGUUGUCAAUUAUUUAGUAAAAUAUAAUUUUGAAAUGUAGUCAAAUUUUUAAGUUACAGUACUUUUACCGUAACCUACUUUUUUCAAAAUUUUUGCCAUUUUUGAAAUUUUUUUUGAAAAAGCGGUAAUGUAGAAUUGAAAAUCUUUAUAAAUUAUGUGUUUUCUAUGAAUAUUAAGUUGGUAUCUUACUGGCUAACAAAGUUAUGGCUAAUUGAAAAUGUCGAAAAUUGAAAAAAGUUCGGAUCCGCUUGGAAAAAUAUUCGUUUUUAGUGAUUUUUCUUAUGUUUUAGGCUUAAAUUGACAGUUUUAAAGUGGAUUUUUAAAUUUGAAUGGGACGUUUUUGGUUUAGACUUAAUAGUUUUAUUAUUGUCUAGGGGUGUAGUAAAGGUAAUUUGAUUUUAAAGCUCAAAAUAGUCCAUUUUUGAGUGUGCAAUAAAGUUUUGCCGCUUUUGCUUAUGAAACGCAAUUUAUCUUGGCGACAGAACUUUUUGGAGUUUCAAUAUUUUUAAUUUUUGAUCGAAAAAGAUCUAGAACUUUCUAAUUUAAAGUCUAAAAACCAACUUGUUACCUAAAAAACCAAGCACGAGAAAAAUCCCAAGAAAAGGGAAUUUUAAUAACACCGAAAUGCCAUUCCGUGCUAACAAUAUAAACCCUCUAAAGCAAACGAAAUUAGAAAUGUGAAAAAUUUUAAGCGAGAAACAGCAUUCCAGCUGUUUCUCGUCUCGAAUUUUUUUUUCACCAUACUCUCUUUUUACAAAAUUGCGGGCGCGUUCCACCGCCUCUCGACGAAACCCCACCCACAAUAUUCAAAAAAAGGUCGUAAAAAAUUUUUUAAUGGUAUUUUUUUUUGGAUUUUUUUCAUAGUUGUCCAGUCUUUUAUUCAGCAGCGAGCAUGCAAUUUCUCAUUUCUCUCCGCUUGCGAAGCGGUUUUUGCGGGAAUUAUUUUUCUUCUUCUCUACUUUGACAGCGGUUUUGAGGGCUUGAAGUAAAGGUUGUGAGGGGUAGGUUGAGGUGGGUUUUUGGGCAGGGUAGGGUGAAUUUGUGAGUGGAAGAUAGGGUGGAUUGGCGGGCGGGGUAGGGUGAUGAGAUGGGUGUUUUAAGGAAGAAUAACGCUGUCUUGACAGCGUUUUUGAGGGCUUGAAGUAAAGGCCGUGAGAGGUGAGAUGAGCUUGAGGCAGGGAAUUAUGGUUGAGUAGGGCAGAAUAGUAUGGUUGAGUAGGGCGGGACAGGGUAGAAUUCAGUAAAGUAGGGUCAUUUUAUGGUGUUUUAAAAAAGAAUAAAACAGCUUUGAUAGGGGUUUGAGGGCUUGAAUUCAAGGUUGAGGGGUAGGUUAAUGUGGGCUUAAGGCCAGGGUGGGGUAGGGUUUAGUAGGGCUUAUGGUACAGUAUGGGGACAUUUUCGGGCAGGGGUAUUUUGGGAAGGAUAACAUGACGUUGACAGCGAUUUCGAAAGCUUGAACAUCACUCUUAUAAAUCAUUUACCUUAAUCAUAAAACACCCCUUACCAGUCCUACCCUACUCUAAAAUCACACCUAGAAUUUACCCUACUAUUAAAUCAUCUUUGUCCUUUAGUUUUAUUAUAUGUAAUACCUUUGUGGUUAAAUUUUUUGUUUUUCUAUUUUAAAACUGCGCUUUUGAUUCAUAUUUAAAUUUACCGUUAUGCCGGGUAAAAUCAGAAAAAUUUUUAACGCUCAAGUUAUCUAUAAAUGGCUUCUUUAUCAAAUGUCUUUAUCGAAAAAUUCGAUCGCCACUCAUUGUGGAACAAAAAAUUUUUAAAUCAAGACUAAAAAUGUUUUUUUAAAAAGUUUUUUAAAUGCACUUUAAGUUAAUUUUUGAUGUUUAGAAAAUUAGGUAUAAAACUUUAAAAACGCUGAAAAAAUAUGGUUAUACUCUAGGUAAGUGUUAUUACUCUAGUUUUUCGAAAUAAAACUAAAAAUUUGAAACCAUCUGGUUCCAAUAUGACAUAGUUUGUUUUUGAAGUUUUGGUUAACCUCUUUUGUCACUGUGAUCUUUUACUAUGUUUUAUGUAUCACUUCAGAAAUUUAGGCGUUUCGAAGUUUUAAAAACCUGAGGCGAAACAAUUUUGAAAUUUUUUUUGGUCUGACUUGUAAAACGCAGGCUUGGACUCAAUACAUUAACGGUUUUUUUGGUCUCCUGCCCUGUUAUGGCCCUGUCCAGUUAUUUUAUCCUUUAGUAUACCCUGCCUUGUAAUGGGCUGCCUUUUUAUGUUAUACUCUGCUAUGCCCUGUCCUCAUAUGCCCUGCACUGUUAUGCCCUACCCGGUACAGGGAAUUUCAUUCACAUGCCUUGUCCUACCCAGUACAGGGCAUUUCAUUUUCACUCAAUGUCCUACCCUGCUAUAGCGUACUCUCCCAGAGCAGCUAUGGUGUUGAGUUUGUGAAACUCUACUGUCUUCCUUCUUUUAAAAUUUUUGUCGACCCCCGGUGGGAAGGAAUGUCUGUGCCUUCUUUUUGCCUGUCUUUCUCUAGUUUUCUCUCUUUCUCUGGCUGUCUCUCUCUUUCUCUUUUGUGAUCUCUCUGGCUUGUAUAGGAAGCGGUCUUCUUUAAUUUUUUAAAAAAUUUUUUGGUGUUUCUCACCUCCUACUCGCCAUAGAGAGAAAUUUUUUCGUUUUCUCAUCUUUUACCAGCUAUAGGAAAUUUUUUUUUAAUUUUGUUAUGCUUAAUACAGUGGAACUCCUAUAUAAGGAACUCUUCUAUAACAAUGUGUUUCAAACCCCCCCCCCCUGCGAUUUGUUAUAUAGGAGUUCAUUUGUUAUACAGAAGCUUCACUGUGUCUGUAGGCCUUCUUCCAACGAAAGUGUCCUUUUCACGCCAUUUUUUUUGUCAUCUUGAAACAGGACCUGUCUUACCCUCUCUAGAAACAGGACCUAGUCUCACCAUCAGAAAGAGUCUCACCCCCUCUAGAACCCAGAAAGAGUCUCACCCCCUCUAGAAAAUCUAGUGUUUCUAAUUCCCCCUACUCUCAAUUUGAAACAUCGUGCCUCUUUUUUAAAAAAUAUGGUCAAAAGACGACCGGUGGGGGGACAAACCGAAGGUCAGGCGGCCUUUUCCCUUUUUCCCCCCAAAAAAGUCAAAAGAGAGAGUUUGCUCGUUAUUCUACCAUUUUUUAACCAAAUUCCAAAAAAAAGUAUUAAACAUUGCCUAAUUGUAUUCGAAAAAAGAGUGUCAUUGGCCUAAAAAUAUUGGAUUGGACUAAGAAAAAAGGCUAACGAUAUUAGGUGCCGUAGGGUUAAUAUUGAUGGUACUGGACUAUAAAAUACUGUAGAACUGUUGUUUUUAGUACUAGACUAAACAUACUGUAAAAUACUAGGCUACACUUUCUGUAAAGUACUAGGCUAAACCUACUGUACUGUUAAGUACUAGGCCAAAAGCACUGUACUAUUGACUUUUGAAGAUACUAAGCUAAAGCUACUCUAUUGUUAGUACUAUUGGUCCGAGGCUGAAAUUACUGUAUUAUCAUUACUGUAGGCAUUAGGCUGAAUUACUGUGCUCUUAGUACUGGAGUUACAAAGCUAAAGGCAUUAUACUAAAGGUGCUCUAAAUACCGGCCUGAAAAUGCUGUACUAAAAGUACUAUACGUUCUGACCUAAUUAAUCUAAACUGACCCCCUAGGUGUUAUAUCAUUUGGUACUGGUAGUGCAAGUUUCUAUAUUACCUAAAUUUUCUAUCUGACGAUUUUACACUAAUUCAUUUACCUAUUGUUACUAUUCAUAUAACCUAAAAUCAUCAUUUGCCUACUGUAUUACCUAAAAAAUUCUAUUAAAAUCGAUCGAAAUUGCUUAAACCCCCAAAAAUGGACCUAUAUUACCCAUACGCGUUUCAGCACAUCCCAGUCUCGUUGCCAGGCCUAAAUGUCCCUUCAACGUCGGCUCCACAACAUCAAGUCAUCGUACAUCCGGACCCGCCAAAUCCGCGGAAACGAUCGCAUUGGGAUGCGGACUACCCCAACCUGCCCAAGUCCGAAACGCCGGUUUCAUCGACGAAAGGCGAACGAAAGAAGAAACAGAGCUUUAUCAACCUGAGCGAGGCCGAAAAGGAACGGCUAAGGGUGGGUUUUGAAGAUUUUUAAAAGUUUUUUUAAAUUUAAAAAAAAGUGUUGUUGGUCGAAAAAUCAACAAGGGGGACCAAGCUCAAUUUUAAAAAAAAUUCUUGAGGUCGGGAAGGGUUUAUAAGUUUAAAAACUUUGGUUAAGGGUUUAGAAAUGCUAGGUGGUUAAUUUUGAAUGAAAGAGAAAAAAAAAUUUGGGCGGGGUAAAAAACAUUUUUUGGGGGAGGAGCGGAGGAAUAAAUUUUUUUUUGUAUUUUAGGAUUGCUUAGGUAGUCCACUUGCUUUUUUUGAAAAAAAACUGGGCGUGGUAAAAAAUUUUUUUUUGAGUGGGGGGGGACGACAAAUUUUUUUAUUUUUGGAAACGUAUCAUGAAAAAAAAAUAAUUUUUUGGGAGGGGUGAUCAUUCUAAAUUUUUUUGAAGGUUUACAGAGCUCAUUUUUUCAAAAAUUUAUCUCCUCAAUUUUUCAGUACAACAACAGUCUAACCCUGUUCGUGAUGAACGAGAAAACCGAAACGAUUUGUGGCGGUACCACUUUCGAAGGACCCAUUAACUCAAUGGCCGACGUCAUCUUCAGGACCGUACCCGAUUUGGAGAGGGUAUUGUUCAUCGAAUAUAUUACCCAAGAUGGGCGAAUCACCACAGCCAAGCUGGAUGAUGAACCUCCAUCGUCGCGGAUCUUUGUUACUGUCGACACUUCGAAUGUGAGAUUUAGGCUUAUUUUUGGUGGUUUAGGCUUGGGUAUGAGGUAUUGGAAUACUGUGAUAGGCUUAGGUUUGUAGUUUUAGGCUUGAGCUUAAGGGCGUAUACAGGCCUUAGGCUUCUAGGCCUUAGGCUUCUAGGCCUUAGGCUUCUAGGCCUUAGGCUUCUAGGCCUUAGGCUUCUAGGCCUUAGGCUUCUAGGCCUUAGGCUUCUAGGCCUUAGGCUUCUAGGCCUUAGGCUUCUAGGCCUUAGGCUUCUAGGCCUUAGGCUUCUAGGCCUUAGGCUUCUAGGCCUUAGGCUUCUAGGCCUCAGGCUUCUAGGCCUCAUGCUUCUAGGCCGCAGGCUUCUAGGCCUUGAGCUUAUAGACCUUAGGCUUCUAGGUCUUAGGCUUUGAGGCAUUAAGUUUCUAGAUCUUAGGCUUUAAGCUUUUAGGCUUUAGCCAUCUAGGCGUUAGGCUUUUUGGCUUAACUAAAUGUUUGUUUUUUAGAACAACAUUGGAAAAGAGACCGAAUUCACGGAACUCCCACCCGAACUAACCCAAUACGACCUGACAACUCUCCUGAGUUCGGUGUCAGACGUUGGACCAAUCUUCGAGAAGUUCCGCCUAGGCCAACAGUUGGACAAAGACGAGAUGAAAAAGAUCAAACCGUUGAUUGCCUCACCUCUGCAGCGAUUUGUUUCACGGUAAGAUGUUGUUUUAGGUAGUGUUUUGGGUUUUUAGGUCAUAUGAGGGUCUUAUAUAAAGUCUUGUCGUUUUUUGACGUGGUAAUGCACUGGAUUUGGCGACAAGACUUUUUAGUGGGAAAAAAUAGUCUAAAAUUGGUUUUUUUAUUGAAAAAAUUUUUUUUGAAAUUCAAAAAUGAAAAAAAAUAUUACCUAAAAUACUAAAAACUAAAUUUACAGACGUGCCGCAACCCAAAAAGAGCGCCAACUGUGGCUAAAACACCUAUUCGCCUUCUUCCCGCUAUGGGACCAACUGAUCAGCCGGUCCAGUCCACACCGGUCCGAGUUCGACGCCGCCAUUUUCAACAACUUUUACAACUUCCAAGCGAAACGACAUCGUGUCAUUAGGAAGGUGCUGAACGUGCGGACCUCCGUGGACCAAUAA